CACUUCUACCGAGCAACACGCUCCCAUUUCGCUCCCUUCCUUACCCAGUCCUGCUGCUAAUCUUCGUCGAUCACGCGCUCAUCGACACAUCCGACCUCGUCGCACCACAUCCCGUCACCACCACCUCACUCUCAUAAACUGUGCUGCGCUUUCCACAUCCUCCUCUAUCCGUCUCCUUCUCCGCAGCCUGAUGUCUUCACAUACUUUGUGCAUGUGCUGGAAGCUUAUUUUCGGAACAAAGCUUCCACUCCUGUACCUGACCAUCUUGGAAACGCCGCCAGCCAGUUCGGCGGCUAAGCUUCUGGGAUUGCUGGCGAAGUUGUGGUGGAUGCAGCCGCAAGAGCGUGCUAUUUUCUGAGUGGUGAGAGAAAGUAGGGAGCUGGCGGCUCGUGGGGGUUUUGGGGGCGGUGCUGGAGCUCCACUUUGGGUUUUAAUGUGCUAGUGUUUUUGGGGAGCCUGAGGGCGGUGGGGGAGCUCGGAAGAAGCUGAACGGGGUGCCAAGAGUGACCAUGCUGGUGUACACCAGCGCGACGCGCCGUCCCUGCCGACUUCCCGGUGCCUGGAGGAGGCCUUGGGAGGAUUCAUUCACUGACCACCUUGCAACAACGGUGUUCUUCUUGGCGAGUUAAGAACGUGGUUUUACUCUGAAUGGUUGCGGUUUGAAUUCCUUGAAGUGGAGGAGUUGCAGGAACCUGGUGCCUGGGGGCAAGUUUAGCAGACUCCGAUAUAUCUUUGGGUCUUCCCAUCCACUAGAUUUCAGGACAUUCAUUGAGGAAGUUUGCUAGUCAUGGAAGAGACAGAUGUGCUCACGAAAAUGGCGAAGGCUUCUCGAACCGGCAACACAUCGCCAAAGCAAGAGAAGAAGAAGCAAGUCUGUCUGAAGAUUUUGCGGCAGCUUGCAGAAGAUGGGCAUGAGGCUGCUCAGAAACCUGGGUUUGCUGCAGAGCUACAGGCUCAUUUUAAUCGCUUACCAACUAGAUAUGCGUUAGAUGUCCACGUAGACAGAGCGGAGGAUGUGCUAACCCACAAACGACUUCUUGAGGAGGCCAAAGUUCCAGAGAACAGGCCCGUGUUUCACGUACGAGCAGUUCAAGUGCUUCCAGUGGAGUCUCAAGAUGUGCCGCUGAGCCCAUCGGGCCACAAACCACUUUCGAAAUCCAGGUUGGCACCCCCGGUGUUCGGAUCCUCAGCUAAUUUGGAAGCUCUUGCAAUGGACUUCAACAGCAAGUCUGUGGUUCACGGCGAAGAGAGUGAUGGUAGCCAUCAUUCUGAUGGUUCCAGUCACCUGCAGUUGCCGAUGCAUGAGGUGACCUUCUCCACUGUUGACAAGCCGAAGCUUCUGAGUCAGAUGUCUGCCUUGCUUGCUGAUGUGGGUCUCAAUAUUCGUGAGGCACAUGUAUUUUCAACUACGGAUGGCUACUCGCUUGAUGUCUUUGUAGUUGAUGGUUGGCCUUCGGAAGACACUCAGAAUCUGAGACGAGCUCUUUUCAGUGCAUUAUCAGCCAUGGGCAAAGGAGCUUGGGUUAAAGCCUCUUCAGCGACAGUGCCAUCAUCUCCGCAACCAUCGCAAAACGGUGUGCAAAAUGGUACACGGAGUUCGUCUGAACCAAGCGUAGAUGACUGGGAGAUCGACAUCAGUCAGCUUAAAUGUAACAAGAAAGUGGCCAGUGGCUCUUUUGGAGACUUGUUUCGAGGAACUUACUGCGGACAAGACGUGGCUAUUAAGAUUCUCAAACCCGAGCGCCUAAACGAGAAUCUUCAACGAGAAUUUCAGCAGGAGGUGUUUAUUAUGCGAAAGGUCAGACACAAGAAUGUGGUGCAGUUCAUUGGUGCUUGCACUAUGCCUCCCAAUCUGUGCAUCAUCACUGAGUACAUGUCUGGAGGAAGUGUAUAUGACUACUUGCGCAAUCAGAAAGCUCUUCUGAAAAUGCCAAUGCUUCUGCGAGUGGCCAUUGAUGUCUCCAAAGGAAUGGACUACCUACAUCAGAAUAAGAUUAUACACCGAGACCUCAAGGCUGCCAACCUCCUCUUGGAUGAAAACGAGGUGGUUAAGGUGGCUGACUUUGGCGUUGCAAGGGUGCAAUCCCAAUCUGGAGUUAUGACGGCCGAAACGGGCACAUACCGUUGGAUGGCUCCUGAGAUUAUUGAGCACAAGCCUUAUGGCAAGAAGGCUGAUAUGUUCAGCUUUGGAGUAGUUCUCUGGGAGCUUUUAACUGGGAAGGUUCCUUAUGCGGAUAUGACUCCACUUCAAGCUGCGGUGGGCGUUGUACAGAAGGGUUUGCGGCCAACUAUUCCGAAGAACAUUCCUCCGAAAUUGGUGGAUCUUCUUCAACGCUGUUGGAAAACCGACCCAUCAGAGCGGCCUGAAUUCUCUGAAACUACUUUAAUACUUCAAGAGAUCCUUAAAGAGGUGAACGAAGAGUUAGAUAAUGAGAGUAAGCAGCCCAAGGACAAGAAGUUGAGUGGGUUGUUUUCAUCAUUCAAACGCUCCACAGUUAGCAGAUAGCAAUUUUGUUAGUCCUUUAGAGUUUGUUUUUUCCAAGUAGAGAUAUAUUUUCACUUUGUGUCCUUUACGAUGUGGUGGACACACUUUGCGUACGCGUACUUAAAUCGAAGUAACGUGAACAUUAAUCAAAUUGGAUUACCGAGUACAAUUCAAGCUUGUUUGCACAAGCGCCUACA